CAUCCACCAAAAAUGCAAUGCAAAGACGCCUUAGGGAACAUUGCCACGUACGAAGGCUCUCCACAAAAGUCUUGGCAGUAUCAGGAAAUUGACAUUUAUUCGCCUGGGUGUCUUCAUCUUCAUGCUGCUAUAGGCCAUGGACUACCACUUGACGGCAACCGAUUCAUCCAAGAGGCAAGUUUGAGCGCCUUGAGACUGGAUCACAACGAACCAUCGGAAAAAGGCCCGGGCGUGGUUGGGACCGAACAGCGCAGGAAAGUGAUGGAAGAAACGAACCGCACCUUCGACCAGCUUAUUAGUCGCGAUGGGCGGCUAAAUUGGUUGAAUAACGUUGGGGUCUUCUGUUUAGCGGAGGCCUCGGAGAGAACGAAGAGGCAACUCGGCGAAGCUCGGAACACAACAUCUGAAUUGAUCUCCGAUUGGAUAAAUAAAGGGCCCUUGAUGGGCUUACGCACUGGGCUGUUUAAUCCCUCGUUUGUCUCGGCCUUUCCGGGGUCCCCUUACGCUCGGAUUUACUUUGAUGUUGAAUGGAGGCCUUUUGACCCUUGGAAUCGUGUUUGCCGUACGGGAUUAGAAGGAUGGAUGGCUGAUCCGGGAAACAGAGAUAAGGACAAUCUUUGGUCAGAUCGGAUGACAAAACAAAUUGAAGCAUACACAGGCCUACGCAUACACAGCGCCUUCUUUAAGGAAAAAUACUACGCGGGAAUCAUCCUACGUUAUGACACCGUGUCUUUUCAUAUCCUGAUUCCGGAGGCUGUCGCGCAUGUCAAGUUUGUCGGGCAAGGGGCGCUUAGCCCGCUGGACAAGUUCUCGGAGAGCAUUGACAAACGAUGUAAGGAGGAUGCCCGAGCAAUGAUGGGUGGGAUUUGAAAACGAAUAGUUGUCCGGGCUUGCCACAUCAAAGGAGUUCGAAGUGUUCCUAGGGCUUGGUUACAUGGUCUGUUUUAGCUUUCAGGUAUUGGUGCUCGCAAUUAUCGCCAAAUUUGAUAAUGGCGGCGAGAUAUAGAUACUCCCAAACAAGGUAUGGGUGAUAGUAGCGUCAACAGGUCGGAUCACACUGUCUUGAACGACGUUAUUGAUAUCAUAUUCUGCGUAAUCGAAGC